GCUUAUUUCAUGCUGCCUCUUAAGUAUGAUAUAUUGUUUUGACCAUCGCCAGAUUUCACCUUACCAUCAUCACCGAAUUCUUGUAAUUUAUAUAUUUUAUAGAAGCAAGCAAAUAUUAAUAGGAUGAUUUAAAUUUAUUCUCAAGAAAACUUUUUUAAAAAAGUAUCAUGGAUAGCGACUCGUCGAAUAAACAAUCAGCAAAUAGCAAAGUGAAUGAGCAAAAUAAGGCGUUUCAAGACGGCGAGGAAAAGCCAUUAAUUACUUUGGAUGACAAUUUGGAUGUCCAGAAAUUGGCUUAUGAGCAACAUAACAAAAAACAUGGUCCAGAAGUAUAUUCUGACAGCAGCACCGUUAAUUAUGACAAACCGGAAGUGAACGAUGCGUUAGAAGAAAAGCAAGCUACUGAUGACAAGCAGCAAACACAAAGUGAUGCUGUGGAUGGAAUUCCAAGGGCUUCGAACCGCUACGGUGAGACAGAAAUGGGUGAACCCGUUUUUGAUUUUCAUCGUUUUUUAGAGCAACUUCGUUCAAGCCCUGCCGAGCCUGUUGCAAAGUAUCUCAAAAGUUUUCUUUCGGAGUUUAUGAAGCGAAGAUGGUCCGUAAGUUAUCAAGUCAAACUUAUUCAAGAUUUUUUGGCCUUUAUCGGAGAAAAGAUCGAACAGUAUGAGCCAUGGGUUUCCGGAUCACAGGCAGAAAUUGACAAUGCCAAAGAAGGCAUGGAAAAGCUUGUCUCAAACCGACUUUACUCUAGAUUAUUUUCCCCAGAAAUUGCCAAAGAAGGCAUGCCUUUAAGUAGUGAACACUCUGACGACGUGGAAGAGGAUCAUAUAUUGUAUCAAAAAAUGGAACUGUUUCAAUGGGUUCGAGAGGAGCAUCUUGAUAUUAAAAGAGCAAAGUCGAGCUCUAAAUUUUUUCGACUCGCAGCAGAUGAACUACGACGUAUUAAUGACUAUCAUGCUCCUCGUGACAAGAUUAUAUGCUUGAUGAACUGUUGUAAGGUAAUAUAUAGCUACUUACGAAACGUUGUUAAGGAAGAAUCAGCUGACGCAUUUGUUCCUGUCUUAAUAUUUGUUCUACUGAAAGCUCACCCAAAACAUCUCGUUUCAAAUAUUCAGUAUAUCCAAAGAUUUCGCUCACCUGAAAAGCUUUCCGGAGAAGUACUAUACUACUUAUCUACCCUUAUGGGAGCUAUGUCUUUUAUUCAAGCGUUAGACACAAAUUCGUUAACUAUUUCCGAAGAAGAAUUCAAUGAUGAAAUUGAAAAAUCCUUACAGAAAAUGGAAGCAAAGACGAUUAAAGAAAGAGAGAUUUUACCACCUAUCUCAUUAAAUACCCGAGAAGGCUCUCAAACGCCCAACGAGACCCAACCUAAUAUUCAACAAGGAAUGUCAAAAUUACAGGUCGAUAUUGAGUCUAAGAGUCAAGGCGAAAGUUCAAGCAGACCGCGAUCAACAUCAAAAUCGUUAUCAUUUGUUCCCGAAUCUUGGCUCAGGAGUCUGUCCGGUAGUUUAAAUGACAAGGAUCAAGCAGAAAAUGAAGAUGGUUCCCAUUGUAAUUUGGGGGAGAGACCAUCUUAUAAGGUUUCUAGAGAGUAUUCGUCUUCUUCUACCAGAACGCCAAAACCAAGAAAUCCUGACACACUCGAAAAUGACAUUUCUCCUAGUGGUGCGCUACGUGAAGCAACAAAUGCUUCCUUGGAAACGGUUGAAGUAGAACGGAUACGGUCUAAGGAAAAAGCAGAGGCUAUUGCCGCGCUUCAGGCUAUGUUCCCUGCUUUUGACAGUGAAGUUAUAGAGGUUGUACUUAACGCGCAAGAGGGGAGAUUGACUAGUUCUAUCGAUUCCUUGUUGGAAAUGAGCUAAGUUACUGAUGAUGUUACGAUUUUACGAGUUGUACUUAAGCAAUUUUGUUUUACGCAAGGUUAAGGAAUAUGAAUGAAUGUAUUUUACCAUAUUGCUAUAUUAAUGGAUUACAACUUCUUUUUUCCUGAAGUGCGACCAGUUCCCGAUUCCAUUUUGGCAGCUUUUGAUCCAAAUUGAAUGGCUCUUUUUUUUUCUUGGCCGACUAAAGGAGUUUGUAAUUUUCUGGCCAAUUCUCGUAAAAUAAGUUUAUCACCUCCCACUAAGUCCAAUCGCAUUUUUGAAGAAGUAGGCAUUUUACUUAACAGAGCCAUAAGUCUUUCGUCCAAAAAAGGAUAUCGUACUUCUUUUCCUUGGUUUGACAUAACUCUAUCAUCCCGACCAAGGUUUCUAUGGGGAAUUCUCUCGAUAUCGAGCUUAAGUUCCUCAUCUAGGCCUUCCAUUCCUCUUCUUUCAAAAGCUCUGAGAUGCCUCAUAUAUCCACCUAAUUGUUCGUCGGCUCCUAAACCACUAAACAAUACCUUGGCAGGGGUUUUGUAAGGCGAGCAGCUGUGAUUUUUUUGUAUGUCAUCAAAAGAUUGUAGUAACACGCCCUCUCCUUUGGAAGCGAAAUAGAACGCUAAGCCAAUAGAAAAGUCCAUGAUAGAAUCAUUAGGGUAUAUUAAGCUUGUAACAAGAUCCUUGUUUUUUAAAGCCUCCGAGUAAGGCACGUUUACAGCAAUGAAAUUCCAAAUACGACCUGGACAUACGUUCAUUAGUUCGCUCCACCCCUGUAACCCUGUUUGUCUAUCGGGACAAACAUUGUAUGGGUCUGGUAUAGAGGUAAAACAAUCAGCAGCAUCGGCAUUAACGAAAGUAUCCAUGAAUCUAGGAUUUUCGAAAGCGACAUUGAUCAAAUCAAUCGGUUCAUUUGGAGGAAGAAUGUCAUGAAUUAUGCGUGCUAUAACUCCGCAAUCGACACCGCCAGAGUAGAGCACCGCCAGACGGGGGGUUAUAAUCUUUGUUUGUUGAAUAUUGUUAUAACUUUCAUUACUGCUUGGUAUAGUAAGAACCCUGUCUUUAAGCGAUUCUGAUAAUUGGGCAUAGAAGGUUUCUAGAGGGGUUUCAAUACUCGAGGAAAUAGGAAUUUCAAUGCUUAAGGGUAACAAGUGGAAGGGUACAAAUGCAGAAGGAAAAGGAUGGAUAGGAGUAGAAGGAUGAUUAUCUUGUAAAUUGAAUGCAUAAAAUCCUGGUGGUACUUCUUGAAACUCCUUGCCAUGACUAACACUAGCAAGUAUAAACCGUUCUUGUUCUUGAUGGUAAAGCAAUGAGCGUCUUCCAAGACGGUCCCUUCCAAACCACAAUGUGUUCUUAGAUUUCUAAAAAAUUAUAUUAGCAUUAUGUUUAUGGGCCGAAAAGCUGCUGCAUUUGUUUGUACCUGAUAGUAAACAAAAGCAAAAGGACCUUGAAUUAAGCGUAGGACACUUUCAACAUCUUCAUCAUUUUCUUUUAAUAUUCUAAAAAGCUUGGAGCCAUCAUUCUCAUUGCAACACUGCAAAGAAUCGAAUCCUGCUUCACCGCCCAUCUGCCAUAUUUCACCGUUCCAACAUAGAACAUUACCAUCGUCAUCCACGUGUGGCUGAAUUGUUGGACUUUCACAUGGUCCUCUCAAAUGUAAGACGCUAGAUUCAUAUUCUAAAUUCCAACCUGCGACUUCGUGUUGAAACUUGCCAAACGCGUCAGGACCUCGAGCACGUAUGCGCUCACGAACACAUGGUACAAACGAAGAUGAGAGUCCGUCAAUCCCACCUGGUGAUAGUGCAAAGAGAAUCCCGCACAUGAAUUAGCCAAAGAAAGCUUUAUAUCUGGCAACUAACUUUUUUUAUGAUUGAUGCGUUUUAUUGUUAAAUGUUAGCCCACGUAAUUUGGUUUACCGUUAUGCACACCCCUAUGGUAAAUCCCAUUGUAUUUGCUUAAUUGCUGCUAAUCCCAUCCUUCCUGUUUGUUAAGUUAUUUAACGAUUUAAUUGAAUGAACUUCUGUCGCUAAGUAAAUAGUAAACAAUGUUUCCAUAGCAACUACAUAUUAUUUAGAAAUUCUUCCGAAAACUGCGCUAUCGUUAU